CGCGGGUGCCCGGGGCCACUCGGAGCCCGGCGGCGGCGGCGAGUGGGGCGGCGGCAGGCUGGCAUUGCAGGUGUCUUAAAACAUCCUCAUCUGGGGAAAGUUGUUGCUCCGGCCUUUCCCUCUCCUGCUGCUCAGGGACACUUUGCUCACGAUUUGUGUGAAAUCCCCACUGUGUCACUGGGUGGACACCUCCCCGGACCCCCCCCGGACCUUCAAACCUUCUCCAGCGAUCACAUGGUGGCAAGGUCCGGGGCUUAUGCGAGGAGACCAUGACCACUGAUGAGGGCACCAAGAGCGAAGGGGAGGUGCAGGCAGCGGCGGCUCUCGCCGAGCGCGGGGAGGACAUCACGCCGGCUCGAGACCGAGGGGUCCUGAAGAUCAUUAAACGACCCGGGAGCGAAGAUGAGUCCCCCAUGAUCGGGGACAAGGUUUAUGUCCACUACAAAGGCAAACUGGCCAACGGUAAAAAAUUUGACUCCAGCCGCGAUCGGAACGAGCCCUUUGUCUUCAGCCUGGGCAAGGGUCAGGUAAUCAAGGCGUGGGACAUCGGGGUGGCUACCAUGAAGAAGGGAGAGAUCUGCUACUUGCUCUGCAAACCCGAGUACGCAUACGGCUCUGCUGGCAGUGCCCCCAAAAUCCCCUCCAACGCCACCCUCUUUUUUGAGGUCGAGCUGCUUGACUUCAAAGGCGAGGACCUGUUUGAAGAUGGAGGGAUAAUCCGGCGGAUCAAGAGGAAGGGAGAAGGUUAUUCCAACCCUAACGAAGGUGCUACAGUGGAAAUUCACCUGGAGGGUUUCUGCGGUGGCACCAGGUUCGACUGCAAAGACGUGAAGUUCGUCGUGGGCGAAGGGGAGGACCACGACAUCCCCAUCGGCAUCGACAAAGCCCUGGAGAAGAUGCAGAGGGGAGAGCACUGCGUCCUCUACCUCGGGCCACGGUACGGCUUUGGCGAGGCGGGGAAGCCGAAAUACGGCAUCCAGGCGAACGCGGAGCUGGUGUACGAGGUUACACUGAAAAGCUUUGAAAAGGCCAAGGAGUCGUGGGAGAUGGACACCAAGGAGAAGCUGGAGCAAGCCGCCAUCGUCAAGGAGAAAGGCACGAUGUACUUCAAGGAAGGCAAAUACCUGCAGGCAGUGAUUCAGUAUGGGAAGAUUGUGUCCUGGCUGGAAAUGGAGUACGGCUUGUCUGAGAAAGAGUCGAAAGCCUCCGACUCCUUCCUUCUGGCUGCCUUCCUCAACCUGGCCAUGUGCUACCUGAAGCUGCGAGAGUACGCCAAAGCUGUCGAGUGCUGUGAUAAGGCUCUAGGACUGGACCAGGACAACGAGAAGGGCUUGUACCGGAGGGGCGAAGCCAGGUUAUUGAUGAAUGAGUUCGAGCUGGCAAAAUGUGACUUUCAAAAAGUUCUGGAAGUAAAUCCACAGAACAAGGCAGCGAAAUCCCAGAUCUCUGUCUGCCAGAAGAAAACGAAGGAACACAACGAGCGGGACCGGAGGAUCUACGCCAACAUGUUCACAAAGUUUGCGGAGAGGGAUGCAAAGGAAGCAGCUAGCAAAUCCGGGGCUGAAAAAGCAGCGGAGAAAGCAGCCUGUGAAAAAGGACCGAAAACUCCCGGUGCUGAAGAUGAAGAGGCUGAAGGACAUGUAUGAUGGAGGAGGAGGGGAAGGAAAAGCCUCCUGCCCUUGGCCCACGCAGAAAAAGGUUGCUGCCAGACCUCGGGACUCGCCAGUGUUUUCUUGUAAAGCUUGUUACAGUUUGUGUGAUUGUGGAAGCAAAAAGCGCCUCGCGAAGAAAAACGAACCCCAUCCUGCUGCCCUGGGCACACUCGGGGGCAGAGCGGGAGCGGCGGGACGCCGUGGGACCACCGCACGUGGAACAAAUAGCUUUUAAACGGAGAGAAAGAGAAAAAAAAAAAAAAAAAAAAACAAAAACCCAAAACAAAAAUAAAUAAAAAUUGAAACUCUUGGCUUUUGGGAGGUUUCCGUAGACAGCUCGUCCCGGCCCCCUUGGCUUCAUGUCAGCUGUCGGCGCAGCAUCCCAGAGAUGAGCUGGGAUGUGGGAGAUGCUCCUCGUCCGCUGCAGUGCUGCCUCUGGUUGUAUCCGCCACGCGACCGCGCUGCUCAGCACCGGUGCCAGCACCGGGUGCCGCGGCGGUUCCGCCAGCCCCGGGCGCGGAGGGGAAUGCCGGCGGCACGGGCACGGUGAGCUGCUGCAGCCCGGAGCCCCCGGCGGCUCCUCGCCCAGGGGUGCUCGCUGGGGGCUGCGGGGAAAUUGGUUUUCUCUUGCCUGUGGCCGAAAGGGUUGGGGUGCGGAGCCAGGCGUGAAGGUGAGGAGCCACGUCACCUCCGCUGCAGCCCCUCGGUGCAGGGAUGUAAUUCACCUUCAAAAACAACGUUUUGGGGGGGCGAUUUUAUCUUUUGAAGAAGCUGGUUUCUGUUCCCUCGGAGAGCAGCAGCCUCCUGUCCAGCUCCGCUGCUCGCAGGCGCUCAAUCCACAGCCUGCGCCCCAUCCCUCGGCUCCCAUCGUUAAAUGGGAGUUUUAUUGCUUAUUCGGGGUCGAUAUGGGGGGGGGGGGGGAAA